CGAGAACUGGUUGAUCCAUAUUUAUCUCUCCCUGGGAGCGCGUGAAUCCGAGUUUCCACAAUUGGAGGCCGGAGUCACUAACUUUCACAAUUUACGAGGUCAAACAAACAGGAAGCCAAAAUGUACACCAGGCCAUAUCCACCAACUUGUAGGCACCUGGGACCUGCACUCCUACGGGCACCAAUUGCUUCUGCAAUGCCAUAACUCUGAAAGACAAAACUGAAAGGGAGCAGGAGAAGACUCUCUCUCUUUCUCUCUCGUGUCCUGUAGUGAGCGCGAGCAAUCGGCCAUCACUCGCUCUGGGGACCGUGUGGUCACUCAUACGGCAGCGAUGAAAUGGAGGUCAACCGCAGCCAGGAGCGGGAGCUUUUUGCAUAGUCCAAGUGUUGGAUCGUGACAGGGUCGCCGGUCGCAAGGGCAAGAGCAAGAGGAUAGUCGGUGGGGUGGGCCUACAGAGUUCACUAGUUCACAAGUGAGGUGACAAGAAGUGAGAAAUUCGAGGGCAGAGAUUGAGAGAGAUUGAGGGAGCCAGAGUGCAAGAGUGCAAGAGUGCAAGAGUGAGCCUAUGGGUCACUUGUACGCCUUGGACUUCGAUGGUGUCCUCUGCGACAGUUGUGGUGAAAGCUCCGAGUCGGCCGUCAAGGCGGCGAAAUUGCGAUGGCCCGAGAUCUUCGUCGGCGUGGACGCCGACACGGAGGCAUGGGUUCUCGACAGCAUGCGGACGGUGCGGCCAGUCGUGGAGACCGGCUAUGAAAACCUGCUGCUCGUGCGCUUGCUCUUGGAAAUCAGGCGACCUCAGGAUCAAAAUUCAGCCGUGAGCAAGGGUCUGACUGUUGAGGGAAUUUUGGAAUCCUGGCCCACAAUCAAGCCUGUGAUUCAAAAGCAUUGGAACGAGACCGACAGAGAGGCUCUCGUGGAGCUCUUUGGACGAGUGAGGGACGACUGGAUCGCUCAGAGCCCUAUCGAAUGGAUCAAAGCUAACAGGUUUUACCCAGGAACGGCAGACUGCCUCAGGUUCGCCACCUCCAACUUGUACAUCGUCACGACCAAGCAGGCCAGAUUCGCUGCGUUGCUGCUCAAAGAGAUCGCCGGAAUCGAAAUCCCUGCCGAUCACAUCUACGGACUCGGCUCUGGACCCAAAGUGGAGGUACUGAAGAAAUUGCAAGGCCUCGCUGAGCAUCAGGGCCUGACGUUACACUUUGUCGAGGACCGUCUGGCCACUCUUCGGAAUGUCAUCAACGACUCGGAGCUUGACAAGUGGAAUUUAUACCUCGCGUCGUGGGGCUACAAUACCGAGAGCGAGAGAUCGAGCGCGGCGGGAAUCCCCCGCGUGCAAGUGCUGGACCUGGUGGAUUUCUGUGCCAAGCUCAAGUGACCGGUGGACCGGGCUCCGCUCGAGCAUGGAUCAACGCGCCGAAGCCGUCUGACUCAGCAAUCUGACUUGCCGCCUGGGCUUCCAUUGCCAACAAAGCUUGACGAAUGUGACUUUUUGUUCGGGCCGAGUUGGAAUUGCAUUUCUCUCAAGUAGCGCCUUCAUGAUCCCCUUGAUGUGGAGUUGUUUUCCAGAGAAAUUUUAUGUUUGGGGACGUGAAAAACGGAAAUUCCAUUGCGUUUAAUCGAGUG